AUGGAUCUACCUUCAUCGUCUUCAUCCCAAGCGGAUGUCUUUCUACUUAGCAAGACAACUCUUGACCGUGACGCCGCAAUCGAAGCGAAGAUCCAGCACACUAUAGAUACUUCCUCUGGUCUGACAACCGCACGCGUGCUGCAAGUCGCGCUGCAGACCGCCGAAGCGACGUCCGGUUCGCAGACCCUUCCCCCGCCGAACAGAGCUGAAGAGAUUCUUCGCGAGCAUGAAGAUGUUGAACCCCUCGCUCUCCUCGCCUUGUACAAGAGAUCCUAUUCUAAGCUCUUAGUCCGCCUCGCAAGCAUACACUCUGCAAGCCAAUUCUCUUCGUCGACGGAUGAUGAUUCGAGCGUGGGUGCGAGCGAUGUUGGGAUAAAAGCGACGCUCGAGUCUUGGGACCAUCCAUUUCAAGGCACCGCGCACGAGGCAUUAUGGAAGCACAUCCGGAAAUAUUCGAAACCCGAGCUUAUAUAUGCACCCUAUACCGCGAUCGUCCAGUCCUCAGGGGUCGGGAAGACGAGAUGUGUGGAUGAGCUGGGCAAGCAACAGCUGGUAAUCCCUGUCAAUCUACGUGAUCCGAAAAGCAAGGGCUUCCCCGCGUCCGAUGAAUCGGUGUACGGCUAUCUCGUGCGUGAAUGGACGAGUUCAAUCGACGGCGCGAUCCGGAUGGACGCCUUCCUCUACUCGCUUUUGUACCAUCUACGCAAAGUCAUUGUUGAAAGAUACAUGACCGAGGGUCCGCUCAAUGCCAAGAGUCUCCCCCUUUUCAUUCACGACUUCAUGAGCGAUGGACAGACCUUUGCCGCGCAAAGUCCUACAAGGAGUAGCUUUUACGCUGCCGUGGUGGCAAAGGCAGAGGAACUCGAGAAUGACGUGAGGAGGGAACCGAUUCAACGCCAGGGAUACCCUUCAAUGAUCAGAUAUCCGUCGGGUCGCGAGGGGUAUGAAACAACGCGUAUGAUGGCGCUCAGACUUGUCGAGGCAUGCAUCGAAGCCGGGCAUAGCUCGCGACCAGCAGUCGUUAUCGCGUUCGAUGAAGCACAUCACCUUGACAAGGUCCAGACUAGUACGGGUUCGACCCCGUUCGGCCACCUGCGAAGUGCGCUGUGCAAUCUGCGGGGGUCUGUCUACUCCUUGUUUCUUUCCAGGGCGGGAAAGAUAGUACACUUCCCGCCGCCGCACAGGAAACUGGAUCCUUCGGCUUGUAUAACCGACGUGACCCUCAUUGACUCGCCCCCAUUUACUGCAUUCGGCUGGGAUCGCUUGUCAAUUCCGGUACCAGAAUCUCCUGAGGGGAUAGACUUUGGCGACAUUGGCCCUGGUUGGCAGGUCUUUCUGGGACGCCCUAUAUUCGGGUCACGCUAUGAGGCAACUACUCGCAGUGGAAUGACUAUGACUGACUCUCUUGGCGACAUUCGACGUUUUGCGCGCUCAACGCUACUCGGUAUCGACUUCAAAGAGCCCAUCAUUCCCAAGUGCUACUUGGCCAUCUCCCGCCAGAUAGCGUGCUUAGCACAGCGCUUGCCGAUUGAGUUCUCGUCGAACGGUCACGUCUCUCUUGGUCUGCAGCUUGAACAAGUGGAGCAUCAUCUCCGUGUCUGGCUUUCGAUCCAAGAUGAUCCUCUCAGUCUUGUCACUCUGAACCCUUCGGAGCCCAUUCUCUCAGAGGCUGCUAGCGAAGUCAUGCGAUACAACUCGGGCGACAUCUUCGCGCCGCGCAUACUGUCCCAACUCCUGAGCGACUUCUCUAUCAGCGUGGGCGACCGUGGCGAGCUGGUGGGAAUGCUUCUAUUGACUCUCGCGCGAGAUGCAGCCGUUCAGUCAGCACAUCAAUCUCCGUAUCAAGACUUCAUACCCGUCCUCGCCUUUCUCGAGCAUCUAUUUCACAUCCCUGCUACUGCGAACCCCUUGAUCGAGGAUAUCUUCGAGGCGAAACCAUCCGUCUACAUGACCGACACGGACAAGGACGAGUCUCUUCGAUCUACAUUCGCCGACGUCUCGCUCCACUUCAACCACUUCAUCAAACGCGAUGCGCAGGAGCUCGACAUGCAAGACUUUCUGAUGUUGUUUCUACGCAACGCCGCGCUUCUGGGCGCCAACUCGCGGCCUGACUUCGACUUUGGCUUCAUGCUGUGCAAGGGUCACUUUGUCGCUUCCUCCUCGGCAGGCUUGUUUCUGGUUCGGGUUCAGAACGACCGGCGAUGCUCGAGUGCGCUUGCUGGGGUACUCUUUGAUGACAUGGACCCUGUCGCAUUGGGAAUCGUCACACCCGGGGAGACCCUUCAUGUCCCCGUCAUCCGUAUCGUGAUGGCGCUCGCUGGAGCAGAACCUGCGCUAACGUAUCGCAAGUCGCAAACGAAGGGCCCAUUCACUGCGUUCGAUAUAUUCGCGUCGGGUCUGGAUGCGACCGUGUACGGCGUGAUUGGCGAAGAGUCUGCUAGCUCCUGGGCCGAUAUCUUGCGGGCCUCGCACGACGGCUGGCGGCGGAUGUACACUGGCCAGGACGUCCCGGAAGUCGAAGAGCUUAAGAUGCAUAUGACGCCAUUGGCUGGUAAUGAGCCUGCCUUUCGCUCUUGGCGCAGGACCGUGAGCGUCAUGGAGACCGACUGA